AUGUCCGUUGAGCAAUAUGUAACGAAGUUUGCUGAACUCUCCAGAUAUGCGCCGCUUAUUAUUAGUACUAAGGCACGAAAGGCUAGUAAAUUUGAGAGGUGCCUUCGGCUCUAUAUAGGGAGAAGGAUUAUCGCAACAAACCUCAAGACCUUCACCCCGCUGGUAGACCUGGCCCUAAAGAUGGAGAGAGAUUGUGACGACUUUCGGGUAAGAAGAGAUGGAAGGUUGGGUGUCGCCCCGUCAGGGAGUUUUAAGAAGAAGGCACGACCACCUUCAAAGAGAGAGUUGAAGGGGAGAAACAAUCAAGGUGGUGUCAGGAUCCAGGGGGUUGUUCCAACUGAUGUGAGGGGCAACCAAUACCCAGCCUGCCCUCAUUGUGGUUUGGGAAAUCAUACAGCGACUGAAUGCUUCAGAAAGACUAAGACCUUCUUUCGGUGUGACAAAUUGGGCCACCUAGUGAAAGACUGUCCCUUCAGGAGAUCAGAGGAGCGAUCGAGGGCUCAAUGGAAGGUGUUCGCUCUGACCAAGAAAGAAGCUAGGGCGUCAACCUCUGUGAUUCGAGGUACGCAUUCUAUAUGUGGAAUUGAAGCAAAAGUUUUAAUUGAUCCUAGAUCUUCCAAUUCAUUUGUUGCACUGCACUUUGCAUGUUACUUGGAUGUUAAGCCUGUACAACUUGUUUGGACUUUGGUAGUAUGUACGCCUAUGAGAGAGUCAAUAGAAACUGAUAUAAUGUAUAAACAGUGUGGGGUUGUGAUUGAAGGGCAUUUGUUACCUAUAGAUUUGAUACUCUUAGAUAUUCGAAACUUUGAUAUUAUUUUGGGUAUGGAUUGA